UUUGGAAACAAAAGACAUGGUGUCCAUAAACAAACGUACUAGGUGGUCUAAGAUAAAUAUGACAGCAUCACCUCACAUUUGUCUUUACUUCCAUCGACCUUGUGCUGAUCAAGACCUCGUUCACGGACGAACAGACCGAAGUAUUUGGAACUGACUUCAAUAAGGAAGGAACGUAACUAUGUUCUCAAACCUUCAAGGGUGCUACCACGUUUCACCUUAUUUGUAUAAUCCCUCGAUUCAUUCUCAAGUGGCUCCGUGUACAAACUUUGGAUGUUCAGUUGGUUCGUUGUACAGAUAUUCUCCGAGUGGAUACGUCUCGCCCUUCCAUGGAGGAGUCUACUUUCGCGACUAUGAACCCCUUCCAAAGCCUCCUUACUCCUAUGUAGCCUUGAUUUCAAUGGCUAUUAAGCAAUCGAAGGACAGCAAAAUCACUUUAAGUGGUAUUUAUCAAUUCAUCAUGGAGAACUUCCCUUACUACAGGCUGAACAAGCGUGGAUGGCAAAACAGUAUCCGACAUAAUUUAUCGCUGAAUAAAUGUUUCGUUAAAGUACCACGAGAAAGAUCCGAUCCGGGAAAAGGAUGCUAUUGGACCUUAGACCCUGCAUACCAAGAAAUGUUUGAAGAUGGGAACUUUAGGAGACGUAGAAGACGACACCAAGCUUACCACAAGCAGUCCACAGCAUCACAGGAUAGCGUAGAUAAGGACUCGGAGAGCGUUGAUUGUAUCUCUAACGAGAAAAGGAGUGAAUCUAUGGAAAAUGAUGAAUUAGGAGCCAGAGAAUUGAUCACAGAGGCAACUAAUCCGAGCAUAAACUCGCAAGGUCUUAAAAAGUACUCCACGGAUAGCCCCUCGAACGAAGUUAAAGAUAGAUUAACAACCGAUAGACAAUCUAGAUUUUCUCCUCAUCCAUUUAGUAUAGAACAAAUACUUAACGCCAAGAGCCGUUUUCGAUAAUCACAUGAACUCGAAAGGAAGAAAGACCAGAGCGGAAAUAUUUCAAGUUGCUGUAAGAAUGCGUCCUUCCACAAGAUCCAACAUCCUGUAAAUACCUCUCUCGCUAAAAAAAACUUUUAGUUCAAACGUUCCGUAGUUUUCAAUGCCAAAUUACUGGCUUCGAAAUUGGAGAAUUUUUCUCUUCUUUUACGGCCUUAACCGACAUUCCAAAAGUCCUGCAAUCUUUAUUUGUCAAAGUUUAUUUAGCUUAUUUUUAUUCUAAAGAAUUAGUUAGUUUCUUGUACUUUGUAUACUAUUUUAUCACGAAACUAAAAAUGGCUUACUUCUCAAGAUAAAUCAAACUUUUAUCUCCUUAAAAUCAUUAAGAUCUCUCGUAGUUUAGGAGUUAAUGAACUCUAAAAUGUAAAUACUGAUUUCCUUGUAUGUUAGAUUAAAAAUAGAAAAACUGGAAGUUGUCGAGUUUUCUUAGCUGUGACCCCAAAAAACUUGGCCCGCCAAAUCAACACGCCUCGACUUCUUCAUUUGACAAUAAGAUUGUGAUCCAGAUAAAUAAUUAUUACUUGUACAAAAAUGAAGAUCCUUAUCUCUCUAGUGGUGUAUAAGAAUAAAAUGGUCCUCUUGAACUGUGA